CAAACAUGGCGACGUACAGACAGGUCGGCAGGUUGUUGGGUAUUUCAGCAAGACUUUCGCGACCUGUCAGUCUUGCUGGCAGUGGAUAUCAGAGCUCCAGAUUGCACUGGCUUUCACAUAACACUGGAGUCAAAAGCCCAUGGCCACAGAACCCCCAUUUGGUUGUCCCUGGAAGGACCAUGUUUGUGCAGACACAGGACACACCAAAUCCAAACAGCCUAAAGUUUCUGCCCGGUCGCAUAGUUCUUGAGGAAGGAACUAUGAAUUUUGCUGGCCCUCGUGAUGCGUACUGCUCACCUUUAGCCAGACAGCUGUUUAGGAUUGAUGGUGUGAAGAGUGUCUUCCUGGGCCCCGACUUUAUCACCAUAACAAGGUCUGAUGAAAAUAUGGAAUGGAAGGUAAUCAAGCCUGAUGUCUUUGCUGCCAUUAUGGACUUUUUCACCUCUGGACUUCCUAUAGUCAAUGAGGACAGCAAACCUAGUGCAGAUACAGCACCGUCAGAUGAUGAUGAUGAAGUAGUUGCUAUGAUCAAAGAACUUUUGGAUACUCGAAUAAGGCCAACAGUGCAGGAUGAUGGAGGUGAUGUUGUGUAUCGGGGGUUUGAAGAUGGUGUUGUUAAAGUGAAGCUGCAGGGCUCCUGUACCAGCUGUCCCAGUUCCAUUGUUACUUUGAAGAGUGGGAUCCAAAACAUGUUGCAGUUUUACGUCCCUGAAGUUGAAUCAGUGGAGCAGGUGAAGGAUGAGGAGGAAGAGGAGGUUGCUCAAGUCUAAUUACACUGAAACCAGAACCACAUUUACACAUUCCUCCCCACCCUGGCCAAGCCAUAGGUGCAAUUAAAAUAGCAUCUUUCUGCCUGGUAUUUAGCUUAUCGGUGUGGGAGUACUCAUUAUCGUCAUCAUCAUCAUUCAGAUGUCAUCACUGAUUUUGGUAUUUGUUUUUUGCUCACUGGCAAUAUUUCAGAAGAGCUCGGUCAUAGAAACUGAUGUAUGUAGAGCUGAAAUAAAUUGUAUUUAUUAUUUCAAACCUUUCUGUAUCAGUCACUAGUCAGAGCAGCUUUCAGGCUUAAAAACAUACUGUAUGUAUAUAAAUAAAGUUUAUUGAAGUAUUUU